AUGCCUAUAAAGGGGCGGUUCACCAAAAAGAAGCCAAAAAGGAAAGAUGAGCCAAAUCGACCGUCCCCCACCCAGUUCAUCAAAAAAAUAGCCUCAUUGAAAAAGCAGACCAGGAGAGAUGAGGCCCUGGAUGUGCUACACGAACUAGCAGUUGUUGUGUCACCUUUGAUGAAAGAGAACGGUUUCACUGUUGGAUUAUUAUGCGAAAUGUUCCCGAAGAAUGCCUCUUUAUUGGGGCUGAAUGUGAAUAUGGGUUCAAAGAUCAUGAUCCGAUUGAGACCUAGCCACAACAUGAACUUGUUUUUGCCAAAAAGAGAGAUCAUCGGUACAAUGCUCCAUGAGUUAACCCAUAAUCGCUUUUCGGCCCAUGAUGUAAGGUUUUAUGACUUUCUUGAGGGUCUCAAGAGCAGGUUUUUUGAGAUUCAGGUGAAAGGAUCUUUACAAACUACAGGGUAUGUUAACUUUAGUGAAGUUCUAUCUGGUAAUGCGGCGAGAGGGCAACUGAUUCAAAAGGAAAAAGAGAAAGGACAAAGAUUGGGUGGUAAUAAGCAUGCAAAACCUAUGAGAGUCCUAAUCUUGGAGGCGGCCGAGAAGAGAAUGAUAGACUCUAAAUGGUGCGGAGGAGCUAGCAAUGAAGUAGGCCUUCCAAAAAUUGAAGAUCUAAUGGACGAUGAAGAAGCUCAACACUCUGAACUAAAGGAAGAGAAUACAAAGAAGGUCAGAAAAAUUGUUCAACCUAGCAAAAAGAAAAUUGUAGAUUUGGAAAACCUACCGAAUGGCAAGUCCAUUAUUAUUGAUCUAACUAAUGACGAUGACUAA